AUGUGGUACACUAACAUCAUUUUGAACAAGAAGAGCCUAUUCUUAAAAGAAUUUCUGGCUGUAAACGAUCAGGCAUAUUCAAUGAACAGUGAAAAGCUUUUUCUAGGUCAUAUUUUCUAUGGGGAGAAUGUGGUCAUCUUCUAUGAACACUCAUUUGGUCUCUAUCCAUACUUUGAAAAACACAACAAAAAUCAACCGGUCAACGGUGGCUUGCCUCAGAACACUGAUCUGAAAGCUCAUCUCGUUGAAGUGGAGAAAAAUAUAACAAAGCUAAUACCUAACGAGAAUUUUACUGGCUUCGCCGUAAUCGAUAUAGAAGAAUGGCGCCCGCUUUUUGAACAACACUUCAAGAACGUAAAGCAGGUUUAUCAGGAAGCAUCUAUAGAUCGAGUCAGAGCUAACCAUCCAAAUCUGAACGAUGCAGAAACCCGACAACGAGCAGAGAACGAGUUCAAUGAGGCUGCCAAGAAAUUUAUUGUCGAAACAAUGAAGACAGCUAAGAGGAUGCGACCGAAAGCACUCUGGGGCAUUUAUGGUAUCCCCUUUUGCAACUACAAUGCUGGUGAGAAAGACGGCGAUUACAGUUGUUCUGCACGAUACAAAGGAUUUAAUGAAAAAGAAAUCAAAGUGAAUGGAAAUAUAAUACGAGAAGAGAAGAGCAAAGUGAGGUUGGAAAAAGCAUACAUCGAGGCAAUUCUUAUGGAAUCUCUUCGACUAGUCAAGAAAUACAAUCCAUCACUUCUUGUCUACCCAUACUCAAAAUUCGAGUACGACCCGCUCAAGAAGCUCGACUCAUUCUAUAGCAGCUUUUGCUCAAAAUUCAUUCUAUUAUUUCAGUCGGAUCGAUGCAGUACGAUCGACCAGCCAGCAGACUUAGGCAUAGAUGGCCUAAUUCUCUGGAGUAGUAGCGCAAACAUGACGAAGCGGUGCGAAAAAAUCAAAGACUAUAUAGAAACCGAUCUUGGACCGUGA